AUGGGAAAUCUCUUGGCACAGGAUGCAAAAGGAAGAAACAAGCGUGCCCAUUCUGCUUGUAUGGCAUUUGAGGAUGAUGAUAAUGAUGAAUAUUAUCUACUGGCCGGGGAGGAUGUGGUUGAGAAUGAGGCUGAUAGAGAAUAUUAUCGAAAGAAGAUCAUGGAAUUGUAUGAGGAAAAGAUGAAGAAGUUUGCUCGCGAAGAUGCCUUAGCCAAGCAAAUUAAGUGUGAAGAAAGAAAAAAGUUGUGCAAACGUCCUACGAAGAAGAUAAAGAUGCAGCAACCUAAACCUAUUACACAGAUUGUGAGCAACCAGGUAACCCAGCAGUUGAAACAGUUCAUCACCAAUAAUGAGAUGAACGGAGUUGAAAGAAAAAAGCGGAAAAGUACUCCAACAGUAGAGAACAAAAAGGUGGAGAUUGUGAGGAACAAGAUAACCCAGGAGUUGGAAGAGUUCAUUACGAAUGAGCUGAAGGGGAAAGAAGCGAAGGUGGUGAUCCAGAAAACAUUGUACAAAAGUGAUCUGGAGGAAAACCAGAACAGGUUGAGUAUGCCGAUGAAACAAGUGAUCAAAUCGGAUGAGUUCUUGAGGAAAAAUGAGAAACAAGAUUUGGAGAAUGGAAAGGAGUUUGAGGUGAAAUUGUGGGGGCCAAGAUUAGAGAUGCAUAAGAAGCCGAUGGUGUUGAAGAUGUGGCAUAUGAAGAGCACCAGCAACUACGUCCUCAAAACCAACUGGAACCACUUUGUGAUGGCGAAUAAAAAGGAUUUGGAGAUAAACAAAAAGAUUCAGGUUUGGUCGUUUCGAAGAGAUGAGAAGUUGUGCUUUGCAAUUGCAUGUUUGGAGAGAGAUGUUGAUCCUCAAAACGGCGCCGCUUAG